CGACUGAAAAAAGUAAAAAAAACAUUCCAAAAUUAAAAUUCAGGAGCUUCAUUUCAGACUUUCUCUCUCCUCUUUCGGCAAUGGCGCCCACCUUCAUCUUCCCCCCAAAUCUCCACUCCCUUGAAGAAGAAAACGAAGACAACCAUCUCUCCGCCCAAAAGCCAACCAACAUCACUGAAUUUCGCUCUUCUGACCUCGAAGAAUUCGUCAAAGGUGUUUCAUUCGACCUAUCAGAUAAAGAGCUUUUCUGCAUCGAAGAUCAAGAGGUCUUUGAUCGAGUGUAUUCCUUGGUGAAGUGGUACUCUUCUCUUACUCCGCCCUGUAAAUUCAACAUCGUCGAAAGCCUUCGGUCGAAUUUCAGUGUGCUUCUUCCGAAUAUCGAUUCUCUCUCCAGAGUGUCGCAGUGUCCUCCAAAUGACGAUGAUGACGGUGGUGCUGAUGAUGGUUCUGCUAUGCUCGAGCGAGUUGCUUCGCAUCGAAAUGCUUUCAAAAUCUACACUUUCUUUCUUGUUCAUAUUAUUCUUGCCGAGGAGUCAAGUACGGCUUCUAUCAAUACCUCCAAAACGGCAGCUACCAGCCGGAAGAAAUUGCCAAUAAAUGCAUGGAAAUGGGAAGGACAACGAGGGCGGAUUCUAACCUUAAUUGCCAAUUCGCUUGAGAUUAAUCUAUCAACUUUAUUUGGAUCCUCAGAUCCUGAUGAGAAUUACCUUUCUUUCAUUGCAAAGAAUGCAUUUCUCAUGUUUGAAAAUCCUAUACUGCUGAAGGAUUCUGAUGCAAAAGAUGCUUUGUGUCGCAUUAUUGGGAGUUGUGCUACUAAGUACCACUAUUUGGCACAAACGUCUGCCUCUAUUAUUCAUUCGCUACACAAGUAUGAUUUUGUUGUCACUGCAAUGGCUGAUGCUGUGGCAGGGGCUGAAAAGAAGUACGCUGAUGGGAGCUUGGCUACCUCUAUUAUUAGAGAGAUUGGAAGGACAAACCCAAAGAAUUAUGCCAAGGAUACAGUGGGUGCAGAAAACAUAGGGCGCUUUCUUGUUGAGCUCUCUGAGAGAUUGCCUAAGUUGGUCUCAACGAAUAUUGGCAUUCUAGUCCCACAUUUUGGUGGAGAAUCUUACAAGAUCAGGAAUGCACUUGUGGGGGUGCUUGGAAAGUUGGUUUCUAAAGCAUUUAAAGAUGACGAAGGUGAGGUAAGCUCAAAAUCAGUUCGUCUGCGAACUAAACAGGCUAUGCUGGAAAUUUUGCUAGAGCGGUGUCGUGAUGUUUCAGCUUAUACAAGAAGCAGGGUGCUUCAAGUUUGGUCUGAACUGUGUGAAGAACAUUCCGUUUUAAUUGGUCUAUGGAAUGAAGUGGCAACAGUGGCUGCUGGAAGAUUGGAAGACAAGAGUGCUAUUGUAAGAAAAUCUGCUUUAAAUUUACUCAUUGUAAUGCUUCAGCAUAAUCCGUUCGGGCCUCAACUUCGCAUAUCAUCUUUUGAAGCGACACUGGACAAAUACAAGAAUAAGCUAAGUGCUCUUCAGCCAGAGAUGAAUGAAGAAAAUGAUAUUGAUGGAGCGCCAUCUGAUAAAGGCAACUGUAAUGGGGAUGGUGAUGUCGAUCAUGUGAACACGGAAACCAGAUCUGAUGAGCUGCCAAAUAGUGUAACUGAUAGCUAUUUGUCCCAGGUUGAAGAAGGGACUGUUCUGAAAGAUAAUUCUGUUCCUGAUGUUGGCAAUGUGGAGCAGACUAGGGCUCUGGUUGCUUCCCUGGAGGCUGGCCUAAGUUUUUCCAAGUGUCUAUCAGCUACAAUGCCAACUCUUGUUCAACUGAUGGCUUCUUCCUCUGCUUCGGAUGUAGAGAAUACUAUACUCUUGCUCAUGAGAUGUAGACAGUUUCAGAUUGAUGGAUCAGAAGCCUGCCUUCGCAAGAUGUUGCCUCUGGUUUUUUCUCAGGACAAAGCCAUAUGUGAGGCUGUAGAGAAUGCUUUCAUCACCAUUUAUAUUACAAAGAACUCACUGGAAACUGCUAAGAAUCUUUUGAAACUUGCGAUAGAUUCAAAUAUUGGAGAUCUUGCGGCUCUGGAGUCCAUAAUUGGCGCUUUAGUGUUUAAAGGGGAUGUAUCAUCUGGAACGAUUUCAGCUUUGUGGGACUUCUUUUGCUUUAAUUUACCCAGAACUACAGCAGAACAGUGUCGUGGUGCCUUAACUGUUCUCUGUAUGGCUGCAAAGUCAUCAAGUGAAAUUCUAGGUUCUCACUUACAAGACAUUAUUGAUAUCGGAUUUGGCCGAUGGGCUAAGGUAGAUCCCUUGCUUGCAAGAACUGCCUGUACUACUCUUCAGAGGUUAUCUGAAGAAGACAGAAAAAAGCUGCUGGCUAAUAACGGGAGUCGUAUCUUUGCCGCACUAGAGAGUAUAAUAACUGGUUCUUGGCUUCCAGAAAACAUCUGGUACAGUGCUGCUGAUAAAGCAAUAGGCGCAAUAUAUACACUUCACCCAGCUCCAGAAAUUAUUGCUGCCAGGGUAGUAAAAAAAUCUCAGACUUUUGUAUUCAAUUUUGGGGAUUCUGGUCCUUUGCAGCAUGACAAGGAAAAUGAGAAUGAGACCGAGACUGUUCAUGGCCCUACCACUGUUCAAGCUGGAAAACUCAGUAGAUAUUUGUUUGUUAUAAGCCAUGUUGCCAUGCAUCAGUUAAUGUAUAUCGAAUCUUGUGUUAGAAAGAUUCAAAAACAAAAGGCAGUGAAGGAGAGGCAGACUGUUGAUGGUAGCGGUUUGACUCCUGAUGCUGCAAAGGACAGUGGUAUAAAUGCUGAAUUAGGUGUUUCAGCCUCUGAUGAUGCAAUGCUUGAUUCACUAGCUGACAAGGCAGAGAGAGAAAUUUUAUCUGGUGGUUCUGAUGAAAAGAACUUGCUUGGAUACUGUGCAGGUUUUCUUUCGAAGCUCUGCAGAAACUUUAGUUUGAUGCAGAAGAAUCUGGAACUGCAAGCAGCUGCUAUGCUUGCUCUGUGUCGUUUUAUGAUUGUCGAUGCAUCUUUUUGUGAAGCAAAUCUUCAGUUGCUGUUCACAGUUGUGGAGAGUACAUCAUCAGAAACUGUUCGAUCAAAUUGCACCAUAGCUCUUGGAGACCUGGCAGUCCGAUUUCCUAAUUUACUUGAACCUUGGACUGAGCACAUGUAUGCUAGGUUGCGUGAUCCAUCAGUUUCUGUCAGGAAAAAUGCUGUUUUGGUUCUUUCACAUCUUAUCUUGAAUGAGAUGAUGAAGGUCAAGGGUUACAUAUAUGAAAUGGCUGUGAGAUUGGAGGAUGAAGAUGAUAGAAUUUCAAAUCUGGCAAAACUCUUCUUCACUGAAUUAGCAAAGAAAGGAUCGAAUCCGAUAUAUAAUCUACUUCCUGAUAUUCUUGGCAAGCUUUCCCAACAGAAUUUGAAGACAGAACCAUUCUGCAACAUUAUGCAAUUCUUAAUUGGUUCCAUUAAAAAGGAUAAACAAAUGGAAGGCUUGGUUGAGAAGCUUUGCAACCGGUUUAAUGGGGUUACAGAUACUUGUCACUGGGAAUGCCUUGCAUAUUGCCUUUCUCAGUUGACAUUCACCGACAAAGGAAUGAAAAAGCUUAUCGAGUCCUUUAAGACAUAUGAACAUGCUUUAUCUGAGGAUUCUGUUUUGGGCCAUUUCAGAAACAUAAUAAACAAGGGCAAGAAGUUUGCAAAACCAGAACUGAAAUCAUCUAUUGAGGAGUUUGAGGAAAAGCUCAACAAGUAUCAUUUGGAGAAGAAGGAGCAGGAAGUCACAGCACGAAAUGCACAAGCCCACAAAGACAGAAUUGACAACUUAGAAGGUUUCAUCGUUGCUGGUAAAACCAGACAAGAAAAUGAAGAUGCUUCAAUCACCAAAGAUGCAAUAGAUGGUGAGGUGAUCGACCCGUCUGCAGGGCCAUGUUUGAAUGAUGUCGCAACAUCAAAUGUUGAUGAGCUAGAAGAAAAUUGUUCCACUAUAACCAAUGAAGCAACAGAGACAGAGGCUAGUGGUGAAGAAGUCCUAUCGCCAAUAGUUGAUCAAAGAGCUGUGUCAAAUUCUAGAUCCCGGAAAUCGAAGCUGAAAGAUCAGAAGGUUGUAAACACUGUAUCUGUUAGGAGGAGUACCAGAUCAAAGCAAAGGUGAGGACGGAGAGGAUUUACUGGCUUCCUUGCCAGCAAAUAGGCAAAUAUUUCCUUUUGUAUGCUCGUUUUGGUAACCUCUUUCCCAGGGUCAGUUAAAAUUGCCCUGCAUUUUACUGUGAAUAGUUAGCUAGUAAGUUGUAACAAUCUAGGAUGCUCAUGAGGUUGGAGUUCUCCAAUAGUCCCUUAUUCAAUAAACGGCGAUUAGGGGACUAUGUUGCAUCGCAGGGAAAGAGUUUGUUGUUGUAUUUAUGUAUGUACAUUGAAGUUCAACAUGAAAGUAACCCAAUUUUUUGGGGUUUCAUAGCA